UAAAGACCUGCAAUCUCACAAGUGGAGCCUGCAAACUGUGGUCCACAGUCAAGUCUCUUCUUUAGCCGGCAAUGCACGCCCAGAGAGAGACAAAACCCGCCGCAGCGUGCUGCGUGCAGGAAUAAACUUGGUAAGCUACGCUGAUGACUGCACUAUAAUGGCAACUGGCCCACACAUCGACAGACUCUGCGAUCAAAUAACCGACUAUCUCACCGAUCUUUCCAAUUUCUUCACUGCAAGGAGCCUCAAAAUCUCCGCCGUAAAAUCCACCGCCACACUCUUUACAACCUGGACCAAGGAGGUGGGGCUAGAGCUGGACGUCUUCGUCGAUGGCGAGAAAAUACCGACGACUAAUCACCCUAAAAUCCUAGGACUGACGUUCGAUACCCUCUUCUCCUUCUCCGCGCAUGCCACAGCCACAUGUAACAAACUCCGAGCCAGAAACUCUGCUCGUGACCUACAAGGCAUUUGGCCGGUCAGUGGCAAACUACGCGGCACCAGUGAGGACGGCGGGGACAAGCGACACCCAGUGGAGGAAUCUCCAAACCUGCCAGAACGCAGCUAUACGUACGGCUACAGGUUGUCAUCUCACUGCACUGUUGCUGCAACAACAACAACAACAAGGAGAGCCCGAAAUCCAGAGCGAAUUAGCGAACACAGAAGCAAAGGCAGAGGCGACUACGUCAUCGUCUACGACACAAAACCUUGAACCAUUCAAAAGGUGUAAUCUACAGUAACGAACUUAGAGGCAUAUCAAAAGAACACAUUCUUUCUGAACUAAAAGAUCAGAACGUCAAUGAAGUGAAAAAAAUUUUUAAAAAAAGUGAUGAACUUUUGGUAGAAACGGGUCUCAUAAUAACAUUCGCAACAACAAUCCUACCAACCGAAAUCAACAUCGGCUAUGAAAAGGUAAAAACUCCGCCCAUAUAUUCCACUAUCACUAAGGUGCAACAACUUCUUUAGAUACGGUCACAUGUCAAAAAUAUGUAAAAGCGCGAAAACUUGUCCCAAAUGUGCACUUAAAGGACGAAAUCAGUGAGAAAUGCAUAAAUAUGACAAAUUGUAUAAACUGCAAAAUACACAGCUUAGAACCAAACAACAAUUUCGCCACUGACAAAAGCUGCCCAGUCUUUAUAAAACAAAGAGAGCUCCAAGCCAUAAAAAUGAUUAACAAAGUAGACCACAAAACAUCUUUAGCCAUUUAUGAGAGACACUAGCACAGCCCUCAACAAUACUCAUUUACUGUACCUAACCAGCCACAACCCACCAACCAAUAAAUUAAUCAAACCCAAAAUUUACACCGAAAAAAAAACACAACUACAGCAAAUACCUCUAUCACAAAUGAACCUACAACAUCAACACCACUACCACCAGCACUGGUCCCAAAACCCAUUACCACACUUCGUCAACCAGUAAGCUACUCAGACGCUCCCAGUAAUUCUGACUCCGAACCCCAGGCGCUACCUACAACUUCUGCCAAAUCAACGAAGCUCACAACAAAAAUAUUUCCGGUUAAAAUGUCAAAACGUAAAAGAGUACAAUUAAAAAGCGUAUACAACCCACGGAAGACGCUGAAUAUCUACACGAAGGAGAAGACUACCACAGCUUAAACUCUACAUUUUAAAUAAAAAAUGUAUAUUUGCCAUACUAGUUAUGCCAAUAAAAACUUUGCAAUGGAAAAUUCGAGGUUAUUUAAACAAUUAUAACGAACUCUUAGGGCCGGUUACUCAAUGUCUGGUUAAC